AUGUUAGUCAAUCUCUUGUGCGAGCAGUCUCUGAUGCGAAUAUGGCUGAAAUAUAUCCUCCUCGAUCUGAUACACGCCGUGCCAGGCUUUCCCUCCCUACGUUCGCUACCCUCAAAGCGCGGUACAGCGAUUUACUCCGAUAACAUUGACCCUGCACGGAACAAGCCUCUACUCGAUGCUGUCCUCAAUAGCGAGCCCGUGAAGUCAUCUGGGAUUGGGCCUACGACGCGUCCAACAAACACUAUGGCUGUGCAAUACGAGCAGUACCGCAAACUCGACCGAACCCCGCAAAUAUGUAGACAAUACACUGAAGGAGGACGUGGGAGUUCCUGGCUUUUGCGAAGCCUUGGAAAAAUCGCAGGUCUCGAGCCGGUAGCACAGGCCGUGUUCGAAAGGUGCACAGCCGGGAUAGUCCGCUCUACCGGGAGGAGAGCGGCUGGAGGAGUAAGGGAGGGGGAUGCCUUGAGCCGGUUCGCACGGCUUGUGGGCCUCGACGUCCAUGAAGAUGGGUUGCAGUUCGGGUCCCAGAACCGGCUGAACCUCUUCUACGCAUCAAUGAAUACACAGUACUUUAUUGCCGUCUAA